UUCAACUCCAUUUUGUCGUUUCAAAAAUGGCGGCACUCGUUGCUGGGACGCCAUGGAUGAGAAUCAGAGUAAUUCCUGAACUCGCUCCUCCGCUUAUUUUCCGGCGCCAUUUCCGUAGAAAUUUCUCCGUACGCGCUUCAGUUGACAGCAAUGCACCGGUCAGAGUCCGUUUUGCUCCUUCUCCGACCGGCAAUCUCCACGUCGGCGGCGCUCGAACUGCUCUCUUCAACUACUUAUUCGCUAGAUCGAAGGGAGGAAAAUUUGUGCUGAGAAUCGAGGAUACUGAUUUGGAGAGGUCGACGCGAGAAUCGGAGGAGGCUGUGCUUCGAGAUUUAGCUUGGCUUGGUCUUGAUUGGGAUGAAGGCCCUGGCGUUGGCGGGGACUAUGGUCCUUAUCGACAAUCCGAGAGAAAUUCUAUGUAUAAACAAUAUGCUGAGAAGCUCUUAGAAUCCGGUCAGGUUUAUCGUUGCUUUUGUUCCAAUGAGGAACUUGAGAAAAUGAAGGAAAUUGCAGAGCUAAAGAAACUUCCUCCGGUAUACUCGGGGAAGUGGGCCACUGCAACAGAUGAAAAAGUACAAGAAGAGCUAUCAAAGGGAACCCCAUAUACAUAUCGAUUUCGUGUUCCAAAGGAAGGGAGCUUGAAAAUCAAUGACCUUAUCCGAGGCAAAGUUAGCUGGAAAUUGGACACACUUGGGGAUUUUGUUAUAAUGAGGAGCAAUGGUCAACCUGUUUACAACUUUUGUGUUACUGUUGAUGAUGCUACCAUGGCUAUUUCACAUGUUAUACGAGCAGAAGAGCAUUUACCUAAUACUCUAAGACAAGCCUUAAUAUACAAGGCCCUGGGAUUCCCCAUGCCUUCCUUUGCCCAUGUUUCUUUGAUUCUUGCACCUGAUAGGAGCAAAUUGUCAAAACGCCAUGGUGCAACUUCAGUUGGUCAGUAUAGAGAUAUGGGGUAUCUGCCUCAGGCAAUGGUGAAUUACUUGGCACUUCUAGGUUGGGGUGAUGGAACGGAAAAUGAAUUUUUCACCAUUGAUCAACUUGUUGAAAAAUUCUCGAUUGGUCGUGUAAACAAAAGUGGUGCUGUUUUUGACUCUACCAAAUUAAGGUGGAUGAAUGGUCAGCACUUAAGAGCACUUCCCUCUGAGGAGUUGUCCAAGCUUAUCGGUGAGCGCUGGAAUAGUACUGGUCUUCUCACAGAAUCAGAAGGGCCAUUUAUAGAUGAGGCGGUUCAGCUGCUUAAGGAUGGGAUUGACUUGGUAACAGAUUCAGAUACAGCACUCUCAAACCUGCUGUCUUACCCAUUGCGUGAUACCUUGACAAGUUCUGAAGGUAAACCUGCUGUUGAAGAUAAACUUUCUGAGAUUUCUGCCUCCCUCUUAGCUGCCUAUGAUAGUGGUGAACUCUUUGGUGCAUUGGAAGAAGGCCAUGCUGGCUGGCAGAAGUGGGUGAAGGGCUUUGGAAAAACUCUGAAGCGCAAGGGGAAGUCGCUGUUCAUGCCCCUGAGGGUGUUACUAACAGGAAAACUCCAUGGCCCUGACAUGGGUUCUAGUGUAAUCCUGAUCUAUAAAGCCGGAAACCAUGGCAUUGUUGCUCCUCAAGCUGGGUUUGUGACCUUGAAAGAAAGGUUCGAAAUGUUGAGACAACUUGACUGGGAAGCACUUAAGCAGGAUCACCCUGCUUUGGAGUCUGCGGCUUCAGUAUCGAAUUAAAAAAAAUGGAAGAUAUUUUGCAGUAUAAUAAUUGCUUAUCUUUUUGCCUUGUCUAAGGCUCUAAGCCAUUGAUGGGAUGUAGUUUAGUGUCAUAAUGGUUUGAUGUUUAUGAAUGAGAUGAAUAUUUAGUGUUUAAACUUUGAUACCUUUGAAUCAUGGGGUGAGGCUUUUGUUACAAUAUAUUGAAAAUUUUCAGUGCUGCUCGGA